AUGGAUGCAGAUAUCGGCCCGGCUUCUCUCUUCCGUCCAGUGAAGAAGAGAAAGUUCCCGCGACGCCGACCGGACGACAGCUCAGAGGAUGCGCAAACUACUGCCGCGGAAGAUGAUAGCCGGCCGCCAGGAGGCCCAUUGUCUCAGUCUCAGCCGGAUGGUUUGGACACUAGACAUACCUUAGAUGUCGCGCGUCUUCGGCGGUUACAACGAGCUCGGAGAGGAGGCAUCGAAUUUUCCACCGCUUCGCGGCCAUUACUGGAAGGCGAGAACCAGACCAAUAUAACAUGUGCAGCGGCCGAGGACAUCGAGACGGCAAGGUUGCAAUCUAUGUGUGAUCGAUUUACAGCGCAUACAGGGCAGACGGUGGACGUUGACAAGCAUAUGAUGGCAUACAUAGAGUCCGAGAUGACGAAGCGUUAUCAAGGCAGCGUUUCCACUGAGAGCACUCGCGACGGCUUGUCUUCGACGACCACAGCGACAGCUGCCCCUUCGAUAAUCGACCUACCACAUCGUGAACCGGCGUCAUUAGGAAAGCUACACGAAAUUGACCUCGGUCAGGAAACCAAAUUACUGAACAUCGCCCGGACUGAAGCUGCUGCUAGAAAGCUCGCUGGUGAUGAUGGCGAAUUGGCUCUUGCGGCAGUAUCUAGCUCCAAGGCGAUGUCCCCAGCGAAGGAACAGAGAUCCUGGCGCAACCGGAAACGACGAACCAGUGAGGACAUUGAACGAGAUCGAUUGGUCGAAGAAGUUUUGCGAGAGAGUAAAUUGGACGUCUAUCAUGGCCCAUCGGAAGAUGAGGAAGACGGAGCAAAGGACGCAGAUGACCAAGCCGCCGACGACAGGGUGGCAGAACAGUUCCGAAAAGAUUUUCUUGAUGCUAUUCAGUCUCGUCGUCGUGUGGCGCGAGCGAGGAAUACUAAAACCACCAAGGCCGAAGCCCCUCGAGGGCCAAAGUUGGGGGGCAGUCGAAGUGCUCGAGCUGCAAUGCGUGAGAUGCAGGAGAAAUCAGCACGGAAAUAA